GCAAUUUUCAGCUCAUUCAUGAAAAAUUUAGGAGCACCUGCAUUUUUUUGAAAGCCUCUAAUUCAGGAAACUGUUUCAUUUCUGGCAUCAUCAGAGAAAAUUUUAUGAGAACUUGCAUAUAAAAUUGAAAGUUUUCACCUUUCCAGUUUUGCUUCCAAAUAAAAUUUUACUCCAUUUGACUUUUUUCAAGACACUUCAAGAUCUCACAUAUCUAGCCGAACGUUGAUUUGUUUACUUGGAUGACAAAUUUUGCAGGGUUCUAGCAAAUUUCAGGCUUCCCAACUCAUUGAUUGCUUCUGAACGAUGACGAGACUAUCCUGGGUUGCAUUCUUUUAUCUGCUUCCUGUCAUUUUGAUUGGACAUCCAGCGAGUGGAAUUCACGAGCCUGACUUCCAUUUUAACGAACACAAGUGUUACUGUGUAAGGCACAAAUGUGCUUGUUGCGUUUCUAUCAAAGAAGAUACAUAUAACCUCGACGAGAAAAUUUGCGUGAGUGUUGCUUAUCUGUCGAAGGAUGUCGGAGUAAAGGCCGACUUCGAAAUCACACACGUGUUCAACAUAUCUAAGGAAGUGUCUCUGAGAAAUCCUCCGGCUCUCUGCCCGAGUCCAGUCGUCUUGCCGUUCUUAAAACAAAUGGAGAAGCAUGAAAUCGAAUUCUGCAUCCACUUUCGUGAACUUCAAUUCUCAAAGGACAUGGUGGAAGGAUGUGUUGAAUUUGAGCUGCAGUUCCUCAAAUUCCUCAGCUUCCGAGUGCAACUGCUUUGUUUCGAGCUAUGGGUCGCUGAAGCAUCUCAGUCGUGCAAUCAGGCUUUUGAUGGGGUUGAACUAUGCCCUGAAAAAGGAAAUCGCACUUCGAAGGCCUUAAUUCACAACCAUGUAGAGGAUGGAAUAGAAAAUGUCAAAUCGCGAGAAAGAAGAGAAACUGGCAUUGAGAAGAUGCUGAAGGAGUCCAAGUUUUGUUCCAAGGCUUGCAUCUCCCUCAAGAAUCGUGUGCUGCAGAUUUUUAAAAUUGGAAGUGUGAUGAAACCAGAGGUGGCUGUCAUUGCCAUUUUCAUAGGAUUCGUAUUUGUUGUAGUAAGUGCAGAUCUAGUAGCUGGGACACCGACCAUCUAGAAACUCUUGAACCGGAACCAUUCCAAAACAUUCCACAUUCAUACUUCAACGCUUAGAAUUCACUUGAAAAAAAUAGAAUGCAAAGUGUGUACACGUGUAAUAUCAUCGAAUUAUUAUAUCAGAGAUAUUUAAGAGUGCUUCGAAAUCAUUAUAUUAUAUAUCAAUUAAUUUUUUUUUGUAA